UUCUUUUCGGACUCAGCUGCACGCGACGGUCGGGCCUUAUCCGCGCUUUCUCAGAUCCGGCAUCUAAUCCUUUUUUUUAAAAAAAAAAAAAAAACUUUAUAAAGAAGGGUGUCGACGCAGGAGGAACGUCUCUUGUAGUGGGGAAUCAUGAGACCCAUUCUGCUGCAGGGCCACGAGAGGUCCAUCACCCAGAUCAAGUACAACCGAGAGGGAGACCUUCUCUUCUCUGUGGCCAAAGACACGGUGGUGAACGUGUGGUACUCGGUCAAUGGCGAACGCCUCGGGACCUACAACGGUCACACCGGAGCCGUGUGGUGUGUGGAUGUUGACUGGGACACCAAGAACGUACUCACCGGUUCAGCUGACAACACGUGUCGACUGUGGGACUGCCAGACAGGUAAACAGCUGGCUCAGCUCAAGACCAGCUCGGCCGUGAGGACCUGCGGCUUUGACUUCAGCGGCAACAUCAUCAUGUUCUCCACGGACAAACAGAUGGGUUAUCAGUGUUUCCUGAACUACUUCGACCUUCGGGACCCCCAGCAGAUUGAGGACAACCAGCCGUACGUGUCGGUGCCAUGCAGCGAAUCCAAGAUAACGAGUGCUGUGUGGGGGCCGCUGGGCGAGUUUGUGAUUGCGGGCCAUGAAAAUGGAGAGAUCAACCAGUUCAGCGCCAAGUCUGGGGAGGUGCUGAAGAAGGUCAAGGAGCACACCAAACAGAUCAAUGACAUCCAAACAUCGGUGGACCUCACCAUGGUCAUCACAGCCUCUAAGGACAACACAGCCAAGCUCUUUGACUCCACGUCGUUGGAUCACAUCAAAACCUUUAAGACGGAGAGGCCUGUUAACUCGGCGGCCAUUUCCCCCAUCAUGGACCACGUGGUCAUGGGAGGUGGGCAGGAGGCUAUGGAGGUCACAACUACUUCAACGAGAAUUGGUAAAUUCGAGGCCAGGUUCUUCCACGCUGCUUACGAGGAGGAGUUUGGCAGAGUGAAGGGCCACUUUGGACCCAUCAACUGUGUUGCAUUUCACCCUGAUGGGAAGAGCUACAGCAGUGGAGGAGAGGACGGAUACGUCAGGAUACAUUAUUUCGACCCGCAGUACUUUGAGUUUGAGUUUGAAGGCUAGAGAGGAGCACUGGGACUGUCCUUUUAGCAUAACACAGCACCACCUACAGCAAUUCCUCCUGGGAGUAUCUGCAGCUCAGCAAAUCGCUGUGGCUCUGAACAUUAUCAACCAGCUUCCUGAUUGGUCAGAAUUCUUAUUCGGGACUCAUACAGGUUUGGGACAGCCUCUCUCUCCCUGGUCCUCUUCCUCAUCGCUGAACUCUGCGGUGACCUCGCCCCCCUCUGUCAUCACACACAUCCCUUUCCUGCUUUGUUCUAUACUUAAUAAAGUGGAUGUGACCUUGA